GACUGCGACUCAUGGUAAAUCAUCGCAUCAAAGAUAUACCCACGGCUAUAUCCGUGGUAUGAAGCUAUCGAGAAAUAUUUCGUACUCAAUAAGCGGAAAAGCUUAUAAAUAUUACAGAAAAAACAAUAUCAAUAUAUUAAAAUACAUAUCUAUUCGACGAUAUAUGCAUAAAACGCAUUGCUGGAUACUAAUUAGAUAAUUAUCAGAGAUGCAUUGUUAUAUCAGUAUGAAUAAGUACAUACACAUAUACAUAUUUUUAAUUAUGCUUUACCUAACACAAGGCAAUUGCAACUUCUUAAAUGCACGUAGUCGCGACUUUGGAGUGCAAAGAACUGCUGAUAGCAAUAAGUUAGUCAAGGACGAGGAUUCCAAUUCCAAUGUAGAGGAUGGCGGUGUGCGAGCCGUUGGCGAAGUCUUUGUUCCAAAGACAUUUUCAAUGACUUCGCAGGAACCGUCAUGUGAACAGCUACGCGCUAUGUGGAUAUUUUCCAAGAGACAAUCCCGUGCAGCUGAAAUAACAAAUGAAAUACCCACAUAUCGUGACCCCUUCACAUAUAAUGUCUGGGAGCCACUCUACUCCAACUCUCGGUUGCUCGGCUCAAUUCGAAUGGGCGCUCGGGAACGUGCUCGAUCCCCGGUAUUUGGACGUGUUGUAAGUCGGGAGCCCAUCAUACCACAACGGAUUUCAUUUGAGCAACGCCAACGCCAUCUGGAUGGCAAUACAAAUGGAGCUAGCCAGGCCCGCUUAUAUGGAGCUGAAGUACGCCCGUCUGGAAUUGGUGCUGGAGCUGGAGUUGGAGCUGGGGCAGCGGGCCCCUCUCCACGCAGAUCCAGCAAAAACAGAUAUUUGGGCGUGUCAAGUAGCUCGGCAGCCAAUAAUGCAGCUGGAAACCAUAACUCAGUGGCUGUACACGGCAGCUUUCAAAAGCUAAAGGAACUUAUCUGGACAGAGCGUGCCAAGGAAUUGACUCAACAGCGCCGAGCGGAAGAAUUGGCAGCUCGAGCGGCUGUCCUCAAGGAAAUCGCAAAUGGUCAAAACAUUCAAUCGUCAUAUAAGAUACCCUUUAAUAAUCAAGGAGAUUCCCUUCUAAUGGAUGAGAAUCGCAGUCCUGAUAGCAGCGACAAUCAAUAUUUAAACGGCGAACGAUUGUCAAUCGCAAAUGUGCAAAACUUUGAUGCCAACAAUGAGCAUGCUGAUCAUAGUAACAGUGGUCCUCGACCGUCGACUCGUCGCAUUGGAAGUGCCUACAGAUUUUUACCUACUGGACAUACGAGAAAGGAGACAUAUUUUACUAGCAACGUUGCCGACGGCCAGCCAAAAAUAUAUUCUCGCAUAAGGAUACCAACCAAUGCAGUCAAUGCAGGUGAUUCAAAAGAAAAAGAUCAGCCAUCUAUCGGUAUACCACGCACGUAUCCAGUCCGACAAUCCCAUUUUAGGGAAAGGAAUCGAUCACUUUUGAAGCAGUCCACACCGAAUGAAUACUUUCAUCGAAACGCUAGAAUAAUGAGCAGUUUGCAAUUUGUACCACAGACAGGGAUUUCAAACGUGAAACAAGAUUUCAAUGAGAACUACUUAAGUCCAUUAACUUCGAUUGAAUAUGACACGAAGCCCGCUAUAAAUGCCCUGUUUUAUUUAAACAAUGACAAUCUAGCCAAUGAGGCUGGAUUAACUCCAAAAUCAAAUCAACAUGGCUUGGACUUUUACAACAAUGAUGCUUACUAAACUAUUUUUUGUCAAAUAUAGUAUGACAAUUAUUAAUCCGAAAUAUAU